AACAGCAAAUUGUUGGAGUAGUAUGUGUGAGUGUGUAUGUAUAAGAAAGAGAGAAUAAUAACUCCUCCUCCAGCUAUCUUCCAUUUUGUAUCUAUUGUUUCCAUCCAUCUUCCUUCCGCUCCAAUGCAGUACUACUCACUCAUUACUGCUCUCUCUAUAACUCUCUAACCUAGUUCUUCAUUUUACCAUAAAAACUCAAUUUUUAACCUUCUAAAUCCCUUUAUCACUCUCUAUCAUCAGAUCAAAAUUUUCACCAUACAAAAAACCAGUUUUUUUAUCUGAUUUUCUAAAAUGGGUUGUCUUUGAGAUACAAAAAGUGGAUUCAACAAACAGGAUUUCUUGUAGGUAUAUUUAGUGACUUUCUGUCAACCAGGUUCUUUGACUAUGGGUAGAGGUCGAGGAAAGGGGAAGAAGCAAUCUGCGAUUGUUGAGGAUUUUGUCAGCGACGAAGAUGAUAAAGUACCAGCUCACAGAAAAAGAGGGAGACCAUUAAAGCCGGUCACGGAUGAAAACGAAGAAGUUGAAGCAACUGAAAAGAUAGAGAAAGAUGAGGAGAAUGUAAAUGGUAAUGUUUCUAAUGGUGAUUUGAAAACUCAGGUGAUCACUGUGAAUAAAAGGAAAAGGAAGAGGUCUUCACAGGUUAAAGAAAAGAUAGAACCAAUGAAAGAGGAAAAUGGCGUCCGAGCUAAGUCUAGCCCUGGUGAUUCAGUGAAGUCUACGGGAUUCCGACAAAAUGGCAGCAGGCGUAAAAGCAAGCCUCACCGUGCUGCUGAAGCUGGUGUAGAUUGCAAGUGAACAAGGUUUUUUGGUAAUAGUUUCAUGACCUUGGAAUUGCCGGAACUCUGCUAUCACAUGUCAGGGUUUGUUUGAUUAUAUAAGGCUUGUUAUGGUUGCUUCUUAUUAUUAUUGUAACUUUCAUAUGCUUAUUCCAAAAAAAGAGGCUUAUUUUAGCUCUGAGGAUUCAUAGUAAGACUAUGCUUCUAUAGUCUUCUAUAGAGAGAUACUAUCCUAAAAGGAACUAUUGAAAUUUUGUAGAUAUUCUUUUAUCAUGGGUUUGUAUAAACUGAUUUCCUCUUGUUAUGCCAAAUACUCUAUAACUCAUGCAAGACAGAGAUUGUGCAAAAUGAAUGGUUCAA